AUGAGUCUGAGAGAUUUAAAUUCACAAAUGACAACGGAGGACAGAAGCAGCUGCACCGGCAGCAGGGGAAGACUGGGACUGAGCUUCACUAUUGACUACCUCCUAUUCAAUAAAGGAGUCAAGAAUUCCAAAGACGAGCUGGUAGAAAGUCGAACGACGGAGAAGACAGUAAACAGCAAGCCAAAUAAUCAGAGUCCCAGACCCAAGGAGGUGCAGACUGACUCUGAGGUACUGGAGAAGGAGCUUCGGAGAUCAGAUGAAGAGAAUAAAGAGAGGAAAGUACAUGAAGAGCAAAGAGAGGAGGGUGAGGAGGAGGUUACUACUACCACCACCACCUCUAUCACCAGCAGCCGCGAAAGAUCCCAGGACAAACCCACCCAGUCCUACAUCGCACUCAUCUCCAUGGCUAUACUGGCAUCAGAGGAGAAGAAGCUGUUGUUAUGUGACAUCUACCAAUGGAUCAUGGAGCACUACCCCUACUUCAAGAGUAAGGAUAAAAACUGGAGGAACAGCGUACGUCACAACCUGUCUCUGAAUGAGUGCUUCAUCAAAGUGGGUCGGAGCGACAAUGGUAAAGGCCACUUCUGGGCCAUUCAUCCGUCAAACUACCAGGACUUUUCUAAAGGGGACUACCACUGCCGUAGGGCCCGGCGGAGGGUACGCAGGGUAACAGGACAGCUUCCCUAUGCCUCCCUGGGCUCCCCCUACUACUCGGCUUCCAACCGCUUCCAAGGAUCACCCUGCUGGUGCUGCCCUCCAUCUCCGGCUCCCCCUCUGCCCUGCUUGUCACCCAGUUUUUACUGGGGAUGGCCAGGCAUGCAGACACGAGUGGGACUCCACUCAGCCCUGCAUACCUCUAUACCAUGA